AUGUCAUUCUAUACACAUCAAAUUUUUAAAAUUCAUUCUUUAGAAUGUAAUGAACAAAUCAUUGAUUUGACCUCGUAUAAUAAUGCAUCUCAACCCGUAAUGCAAAAAAUAAAUCCCGAACCUAAUGCUACUGCAUCUACAUCUUCAGUUAAUUCACCGUGGACCAUAUCUUUAAAAAUGCAACAGAUUAUUAACAAAUUUAACAAUGAAAUCUUAUGUCAAUUUUCAUGUGUUCCUUGUUCUAUCUGCUCAAAACUUAUGUACCCAGAAAAAUCAAUGUGGAUUCAAAAAGACUCUAAUAUUACUUAUCCACUUACUGUCGUGUACCCAAAUAUUGUAUUAACUACUAAUCCCAUCUCACCUUCAAAUCGAAUUGCUAUAUGUCCUUCAUGCAAAUCAAAUCCAAAUCGAAAUUACCCACCUUACCUUUCUCUUGUUCCUUUAGAAAUUGAACUUGUCCCAUUAGAAAAACACCAAUAUUUGUCUCCGAUCUUUUUACAUUGUUCUUUGGGUCGUACUCCCGGAGCAAAUUCCUUUACAAAAUAUAGAUCAUUAGUAGGUUCUAUGAAUUAUUCUCGGAAUUUUCACACCCUGAGUUUAUAUUCUGGCAUAUUAGGAGCAUUCCUAGAACUUUCGGCCCCUAAUUCAUUACCACCUUGGCUUGAUAGAUCAGUAAUAAAUGCAACAAGCUGGCUCAAAGAAAAUAAUCACUAUUUAUGUAGAUAUACCCAGAUGCUUCCUUCUAAUUUAUCUACCCAUCUUUCUUAUCCAACUGCCACUCAUUUAUUUCAUGAUAACAAUAUACUGCCUAUACAACAAGUUCAAUUUCUUACGACAGAUCCUCCACAUGUUCGAUCUAAAGCUAUACUUCCGUUAUACAUGAUUGAUUCUCUGGAUGAUAAUCCUUAUUGGUCUGACAAAAUAGAAAAAUAUUUUGCUCGACCAAAUGAUCCCGUAUUCGAUAAUAUAACCUACAAAUCCUAUUUUGAAACUUACGAAAUAAAAUCUACUAUACCAAAUAACUCUCAAAGAACAAUCUACCAAGAUGCUUUAGGAAACUUUGUUAUUAAAUGUGAAAACAAAAUACUUACUCGUUACAGAUUCUUAAGAUUAGAACAUGGUGAACUAUACUUCUAUCAACAAUUACUACUAAAAUUCCCUUGUAGAUCUGAACAAGAAAUGCUUGGGGAAUAUCAAACAUACCGAGACCAUUUUUUUUCCCGAUUUCCAGAAUUGUAUCGAUCAAUGAUUGCGCAAACAUCUAAUUUUAUAUCAAAUCAAUCAACAUAUGCUUUAGACCAAUAUAACUCGAUAAUCGAAACGAUCGUUUCUUCAUUACAUCCUGUUUUAACCAAUAACAUAAUUGAUAUAAUCAAAAUGCAAUUAGAUUCUCUCAAAAUAUUACCAUAUACCAUACCCCCAAAUAUAAUAAUCAAUUUAACCCCAGUCAAUAUCAUUGCUACCAAACAAUAA